AUGGCUCUGCUGAAGGUUCUGCUGCUGCUGCUGGGAUUGGGUGUUUCAGUGAACUCAGAUGUUUCUCUGCAGAAGAGAAUCAUUGGAGGUCAAAACUGCCAUGACACGGAGCGUCUUUAUCAUGUUCGGCUGGAGAGCAGCAAUGGUACUCAUAUGAAGCGAUGUGGAGGAUCUCUGAUCCACCCUCAGUGGAUCCUGACUGCAGCUCACUGCUGGAAGUCAGAGCCAGGAUGGACUAAUGUAGCAAUGUUAAAAGUUCAUCCACGGACUGCUGGCGAGCAGAGACAGAUGAUCCAACAAGCUCCUGUGAUUUAUAUUAUCCACCGCCAGAAGCAUGACAUCAUGUUACUGAAACUUCAGACACCAGUAACAGAUGUCCCACUUCCUAGGCUACCAGACUGCAGGUAUCGUCUUAAAAAAGACGAUGUUGUUCAGCUGGCAGGAGAGGCAGCAACAACAGCCGGCCCCAAUAAUCAGCGAGUAAUCAAUGCUGCUAUUCCAGCACACCUUCAAUGUGUCGACAUGGAAGUUGUUGGUGUUUACCUCUUCUUGCCGUUAAGUGGGUCUAUAUUCCAUGUUAAAGCUCCGAACAAGAAUGUCUGCAAUGGCGACUCUGGUGGAGCAGCAAUGCUCGGCGACAAGAUUUAUGGUGUGAUUUCUUUUGGUGGAGUAUACUACGCAUGUCAGAGACCUGCUACAAUCUUGGAUGUGUGUGAAUACAAGGGCUGGAUUAGAAGAAAAACUGGGCUUAAAUAAACUAUCAUGAAAUAAAAUUCUCAUUAAAUUUCCUUAAACAUAUAA